AUGGCGCCUCGGAAAACAUCGGCUCGAAAAGCGUCAGGAGCAGCAGCGAAGAAGGGGAAGGCGACAGUCGUCGCCGAGUCCACUGCAUUGGAUCAUGAUGUCGAGCAACCAGCACCGAUUCCAGUCGCCGAACACGAACACACACCGACCACGACAAGCCAGGCCGAGGAGCCCCAGGCGUCGUCUUCCUCCGUCUCAGCGUCAACAGAAGCAGCAGUAACAGAAGCGGCUGAUUCUACAACAGCAGCAACUGCAUCUGAAGGAGGGCAAAGCGCAGCAGCAGCACCGACGCCGUCGCUGACACCAGAGGAACGUCUCGCCAAAGUCAAAGCAUUGAGACAACGCAUGGUCAGUGGCUGUUGAGAGGCGAAAUAUGGCAACCAAGUGUCUCAAUGGGACACUGACGGUAUGCUAUGUCUGCACAACGCUCCGGCAGACCGAAUCGGCCAAAGCGAACAAGCAAGACCUCAUCACCGAGUCGAACCAACGCCGUGACUCGGCUCGGAACCUCGCUAAACUCGAACGCAAACGACAGCAAGCCGAAGCGAUGGGAGAGAAACAGCAGGCCCUCGAGACGGGCGAGGAUCUUGAACGGAAGCGGGCUUGGGACUACACGAUCGAGGACAACGAGCGGUGGGACAAGAAGGUUGCGAGGAAGAACCGGAGGGCAGAAUUCAGCUUCACUGGUGCGCCAAGAUUUGUACAGUAUGCCACGUUUGAUUCAGCUUCCUGAUGAUGUCAUUCCUCCGGUAUCGAGUAGACUACGAUGACAUCGCUCGCCGCAAGUACAAAAAGGUCCGCCUUGAAACUUGCACCACCACUGCCUCCGAUAUACCGAGCUAAACCCUCCGCCAUCUCUUGAUAACGUGUUAUUACAGGAUAUGGACGUCUUCAAACCCGACCACAAGGCAUACAACGCGCAACGUGCCGCAGCUCAUGAUGCGGCCGCGCUCGUCGCGUCUUCUUCCUCGAACCCGGACGCCGGCGCACUUUUGGCCGCGCAAGAUCUGUAUCGAGAUGCCAACUCGUUCGUCUAUGCCGAUCACAAACCGAGCGAGGAUGCGAUCGAUCGCGUCAUUGGCAAGAUCAACCUUGAGUACGCAAUGCCUUUUGUGCGAGCUCCGGCGUCUAUGCGCAGCUGUGCUGAAGUGAUCUUCUCUACCGUGUGCAGUCUAAACGCCAGGGAGAAUCGCAGUCGGGAAAGGAAGAACGAGGUCGAGGGGGAUAUUACGUACAUCAACGAGAAGGUAUGUUGGCUUCAGAUGUGGUCCUUCGUCGGCUUUGAGUGGCACUGACCAAUUUCGUUCCUCUGAUCCUUCCAUGUGCAGAACAAGCACUUCAACAAAAAGGUCAUCCUCUGCUCACUUUCUUCGAGUGGCCUUCCUGAUACUGAUACGUCUAUUGUUCGUACAGCUGGAGCGCUACUACGACGCCGUUACGAAGGACAUUCGCGACUCGUUCGAGCGUGGUACCGCACUGUAG